AUGAGGAAGAGGGUUGUAAAGAGUCAGAGAUAUAAGAUGAUUCCGAUAUUGAGCAAGAUGCAUCCUCAACACAGUCUGCUACUCAAGGUCAACAAACACAACAAAAGCGAUUAUAUACUGAUGAUCAGCCCCAUUCUUUGUCGUUGGUUGGUUGAAGAUACCCAGGUUCGAUCAGGGAGGAUCCGGAAACAGCCAAAGCUGCCAGCUGGUUUUGAGAUUGAUAGGUCAUAG